UAGUGGUCGUUCUACUCAACAUUGGGGUUGGCAAACUACCUAGUAGAGUCCUUUGACAGUAUCAACAAAAAAGGGAGAAAAAAAAUAAGCUGAAGUGCGCUUCUACUCAUAUCAGACCCACAGAUUCCCGUACGUUCUAUUGUUGAACAGCCAACAAAAUGGUGAUUAAAGUCUUUGCCACCGGUGUGACGGGCUAUAUCGGUGGAGACGCGUUCUCUGUCAUAGCUAAAGCUCAUCCGGACUUUGAGUAUACCUGUCUUGUGCGCAAUAGCGACCGAGGCGCCGCAUUAGCAUCCCAGUAUCCGCAAGUGAAGCUAGUCUAUGGAACGUUGGACGAUUCAAAGUUGCUAGAGGAGGAGGCGGAAAGAGCUGACAUUGUCCUCGACUGGGCAGACGCCGAUCACUUGGGUGCUGCUCAUGCCAUUGCGAAGGGUUUGGCGGCCCAUACCCCGGAUCGACCAGCUUAUUGGAUCCAUACGUCCGGCUCAGCUGUUCUUGCAUACGCCGAUGUGGAACGGCAAAUUUUCGGCGAGGAAUCAGUAAAGGUCUACGACGACUUGGACAAAGUUGGUGAGAUUACCUCGCUUCCGGACUUUGCGCCGCAUCGGGAUGUGGACAAGGUCGUCCUGGAAGCGGGCACGGUGGACGCAGACAGAGUCAAGACAGCCAUUGUGUGCCCUCCCACCAUUUACGGUCAAGGGAGAGGCCCAGGAAAUCAGCGAAGCAUUCAGGUCUAUUGGUUGACCGAGAAUAGUCUCAAGAGAAAGCAAGUCUUCCAGGUCGGACCCGGAACUGCCGUGUGGAACAAUGUCCAUGUGUAUGACUUGAGUAAUGUCUAUUCUGAAUUGUUUGACGCAGCCAUUCAACGAACAGAUAAUGUGCCAUGGGGAAAGGAGGCCUAUUACUUUGCAGAGAAUGGAGAGCAUACAUGGAAGGAAAUCUCAGACAAGAUCGCAUCAAUUGCUUAUAAGAAGGGACUUGUUACGUCAGACAAGGUAGAACAGCUCUCUACGGAAGAAGCGAAUGCUAUACACCCCUUUGGAGCUAUCCUUUGGGGCUCUAAUUCUCGGGGCAAAGCCAGAAGAGCAAGAGAGCUUCUAGGGUGGUCACCCAAGGAAAGGAGCUUGGAGAAAGAAUUACCCGAAGUCGUGGAAAGUGAAGCUAAAUUGCAAGGCUUAAUCCAGGGUCAUGCAGCAAAGGUAUCAGGCUAAAUGAUUGUAUGUGCGCUCUUCGGGUCUGCCAUAAUGUGUUUGAAGGUAGAUUAGACUAAAGAUAGCACCAAGUGACCUUCCGCUAGAGAUUAUUAUGCUUCAAUUUGUUACCGUUUCCUUUCUCCGGUGGUGGAC